UUGUUAUAUAACAGAAAGAAUUGGAGGGUUUCUGAGUGAGUAAAGAAAGAAGAAUGGCUUCAUCGAAGAGUGGAAACGGUGGCGGAGCGAUUUCCUUGGAGAGGAUGAGUGUAGAACAGCUUAAGGCAGUGAAAGAACAAGCAGAUCUCGAAGUUAAUCUUCUCCAAGAUAGUCUCUCCAACAUUCGCACCGCCACUACUCGUCUCGAUAUGGCUUCUUCUGCACUUCACGAUCUCUCUCUUCGCCCUCAGGGUCAGAGAAUGCUUGUUCCUCUCACUGCUUCCCUCUAUGUACCCGCCACUCUUCACGAUUCUCAUAAUGUUUUGGUCGAUGUUGGAACCGGCUAUUUCAUUGAGAAAACAAUGGCCGAAGGAAAAGAUUACUGUGAGCGCAAAAUCAACUUACUGAAGUCAAACUUUGAUCAACUUUUUGAGGUUACAUCCAAAAAGAAAAAUGUGGCAGAUGAAGCUGGGGUUAUUUUGCAGGCAAAAUUGAAGCAAUUAGCAUCUUCAUCCUAAAAGUAGUUGGUGUAGAAUUCGAUUGCUUUUCUUAUAAAGCAUUGUACCAUAGAAAAUCAUAAGCAGUGGUGUUAAGGUCAGUGAUGUUAUAUGUUGUUUAAACCUUUUAUUAAAGUAAUGACGAUUGAAAUUUAGAGGGUAUUGAGGGAAUGGGCUGUGGUCUUUCAGUUACAUAUUCUCUAAUUAGAGCAGACUAUUGAGCAGUCCUUAUUCUUUGCUGGCCUUUCUGGCAUAAUAUUUUGGGCGUGUUCUCAUUUUACCAAAGUUGAUUCGCAUUGUUGUGGUUCUGAACUCUGAAGGGAAGGUA